AAUAACGCUGGCGUGGGUCUGGUGGGGCCGGUUGAGGGUCUCAGCAUGGAUGACAUGAUGAAGGUGUUCCAGACUAAUUUCUUUGGUGCGGUUCGCAUGAUUAAAGAGGCGAUGCCUGACAUGAAGAGGAGACGCUCUGGACACAUCAUCGUCAUCAGCAGUGCGAUGGGCCUGCAGGGUGUGGCGUUUAAUGAUGUUUACUCGGCUUCAAAGUUUGCCAUAGAGGGGUUCUGCGAGAGUCUGGCCGUCCAGCUGCUCAAGUUUAACAUCACGUGAGUUUCGCUGCAUUUGCUGAUCAUUCUGACAAU